CAGCCCCCGCGGCGCCGCGGCACGGAGGGGGCCUCGCGGCGCGGCGCGGCGACCAUGCCGAAGUCGAAGCGGGACCGCAAGGUGUCCCUGACGCGGACGCCCAGGAAGGGGCUGGAGGCCAAGCAGGCCCUCAUCGCCGAGCUGCGGCAGUGCGUGGACACCUACAGGCACCUCUUCCUCUUCUCCGUGGCCAACAUGCGCAACAACAAGCUCAAGAGCGUGAGGAGCGCCUGGAAGCACAGCAGGAUCUUCUUCGGGAAAAACAAAGUGAUGAUGGUGGCGCUGGGCCGGGAGCCAGCCAGCGAGUACAAGGAGAACCUGCACAAGGUCAGCAAACAUCUGAGAGGUGAAGUCGGUCUCCUGUUCACUAACCGCACCAAAGAGGAGGUGAAUGAAUGGUUCUCCCAGUUCAAAGAGGUGGACUUUGCCCGUGCAGGGAACAAGGCAACAUACACAGUCAGCCUGGACACGGGGCCCUUGGAGCAGUUUCCCCACUCCAUGGAGCCUCAGCUACGGCAGCUGGGAUUGCCAACGGCUUUAAAAAAAGGAGUGGUGACGCUACUUUCAGAUUACGAAGUCUGCAAAGAAGGGGACGUUUUGACCCCUGAACAAGCUCGUGUCCUGAAACUCUUUGGCUAUGAGAUGGCAGAGUUCAAAGUGACCAUCAAAUUCCUGUGGAAUUCUGAGACGGGAGACUUCCAGCAGCUUACGGGAGACCCAGAGGAGGAGGAUGACGAAGAGGAGGAGGAAGAGGAGGAUGACAGCAAUGAGGACUAGUGGCAGUCCUUGCAUUUGGACACUAGACAGUUCUACUGUAUUUCAAAGACAGAGGUGUUUUUCUUCCCUGCCUGCAGCAGGAAGACAAGGCUGAUCACUUCAAACAUGCCCUUCAUAAAGGAUGAUCUGAUUAUGUUUUUUUAUAUAAGCCUAUGUAUAAAACUUUGGAUUGUUGUUACUGCUA